ACAAUGCAGUAGGCAAAGAACAGUACAAGAGAAUGUAAAUGAAUAAACACCCCAGACAUCCUCCACCCAGGUCUUCCCUACUCAAAAAGUCUUCUCUUAGGGUCCAAUUCUAUCCUUUUGGACAGUCUGAUGAGUUAAUGAAUGACAUUGCUCAGACUUCCUAGCUAAGGACCCAGCUAACUUUAAUAAAGCAGAGGUCUCUGCGGGACCUUAGAGGAGGAAGUUGGCUUCAGCCGCACCCACCGCGGCCCACGCCUCUCCUGAGCCCAUCCCAGCUGUGUGUGUCUCCCUUGGCUCUCUCCCCGCCACACUCGGUAUUUUGAGGCACCGAGAAGCAGACACGAGGACCUUCUCUCUAGUUCUGUUUUUUCUGCUCAUCUAAUCUUUCCCAUACUGGGUGCUCUCUAUACUAGUUUCCGGGACCUUAUUCUUUCCUGAGUCCCCAGCCCCAAGCAGAGGACGUGGCACCAGGAGUACUCCAUAAAGUUACUGAGAAAUUUCGGGGAUCUUCCUGACCCAGGGAUCAAACCCACAGCUCCUGCCACAUCUCCAGCAUUGCAGUUUCUUCCAGGUAUGGAUCAGUUGAAGCAGAUCAUCUCCUUAGGCCAGCUUAUCUACAACCAGUGUGAGGAGAUGAAAUACUGCCAGAAACAGUGCCGACGUCUAGGGAACCGCGUCCAGAGCCUGCUGCAGCCUCUGCAAAUGCUCCAGGACCAAGGAGAGAGGAACCUGCCUCCCCAGAUAACCGCCGCGCUGAGCCGUUUCCAGGAUGCCCUAGAGGAAGCUAAGGAGCGGAUAGACAAGUUCAGCAAUAAGUCCAAUAUCCAGAAGUUUCUAACAGCAGGGCAUGACAGCAUAAUCUUUGGUGGGGUGAACCAGAGGCUGAGCGAUGUCUGGGAGGAGCUCUCUCUGCUGCUCCAGGUGGAUCAGUGGAGGCAUACGUCAAGCCUCAGCCUAGGAGUGUCCUGGCAACAGGAAGAUCAACAGGAUGCAGAGGAGGACAGGAAAGCUAUCCAAGGACUGAGUGAGAAAGAAACUGUAAAAACUUUAUUGAGGCAACUGGAGGAAACCAUCGAAGCCGUGAAGAGCUGGAUGAGGUCAGAUUCACAGAAACCCAAGAAGGGGUUCCCACAAGAUCAAAUCAAGGAGAUUAAGAAGGAGGAGCUUCCAGAAGCCGAUUGGAUCCUACUAAAGGAAAAUGAAUCCAGCACACUUUAUGAAGGAAAAUACCACGAAUCUCCAGUGGCCAUAAAAGUAUUCAACAACUCCCAGGCCAAAGACAUUGGAAUAGUGAGGCAUACUUUCAAUAAUGAAAUCAGAACCAUGAAGAAAUUUGAUUCCCCCAACAUCCUGCGCAUGUUUGGGAUUUGCAUUGAUGAAACAGCGAUCGGCUCUUUUCCAUCAGUGACGCCCCCUCAGUUAUCCAUCGUCAUGGAGUACUGUGAGCUCGGGACCCUGAGGGAGCUGCUGGAUCGGGAAAAGGACCUCACCCUGGCCAAGCGCAUCAUCCUGGCCGUGGGGGCAGCCAGAGGCUUGUACAGGCUGCACCAUUCAGAAACACCCUCAGAACUCCACAGGAAUAUCAGUAGCACGAGCUUCCUGGUGACGAAAGACUACAACGUGAAGCUUGCAGGAUUUGAGUUGAGCAAAACACAGACUUCCAUCAGCCGACAAACUAGAGGAAAAGCAGCAGAGAGAGUCAGUUCUGCCGCAUAUGUCUCACCCCAGAGGUUGGAAAAUGUGUAUAAUAAAUACGACAUAAAAGCUGAAAUAUACAGCUUUGGAAUUGUCCUCUGGGAGAUCGCCACUGGGAAGAGCCCAUUUGAAGGUUGUGAUUCCAAGAAGAUCUACCAGCUGGUGGCUGAGUCCCGGCACCGGGAGCCAGUGGGUGAAGAUUGCCCUUCAGAGUUGCAGGAGAUCAUUGAUGAUUGCCGUGCCUAUGAACCCUCCAGGAGGCCCUCUGUUAAAGAAAUCUUAAAGAGACUGUCUUCCUUUUAUUAAGCCAAGUGUUGAAACUGAAACUGUGUCCCUGAACAAGGAGCUGGAAGAACAUGAGCUGGGCAUCUUUUUCUCUCAAAUCCUUCAGCAUGGAUUUAUUUAUGGAUACAGGGGAGCAGCACUUCUCUGUUACAAAUAGAAAACAACUCCAGUAAUCCAUCCCACUCCCAAUGAUACUGUCAAAAAUACACCUUUGAUAAUAACUCUGA